UUUGUACUUCACAAUAGUGUGAGUGUUUUCGUCGCGGUUUCACCAGUCAACUAACUCACUUUUUCAGUGAUCGCGCGAUCGCCGAACUGUGCAGCAGUGAACAUUAUCUAAUUUCCAGAAAGAACUUAUUUUCUUAUUCUCAAAAAUGUCCCAAAAAGCCGAUAUUGCCCUUAUUGGUUUGGCCGUAAUGGGUCAAAACCUAAUUUUGAAUAUGGAUUCGAAGGGUUACGUAGUUUGUGCGUAUAAUAGAACUGUCGAUAAGGUUGAUCAAUUCCUUAAUAAUGAGGCUAAGGGCACCAAGGUCAUUGGAGCUAAAUCACUCGAGGACAUGGUCAACAAACUUAAGUCACCUAGAAAAAUCAUGUUAUUAGUGAAAGCCGGCAGUGCAGUCGAUGACUUCAUCAACAAGCUGGUGCCACUUCUUUCCCCUGGCGAUGUUAUUAUCGAUGGAGGUAAUUCCGAAUACCAAGACACUACCCGUCGAUCUGACGAACUUAAGUUGAAGAAAAUCUUAUACGUCGGAUGUGGAGUGAGUGGAGGGGAAGAAGGUGCCCGUCAUGGACCAUCACUCAUGCCUGGUGGCAAUCCUGAGGCAUGGCCCCUUGUUAAGGACAUAUUCCAGUCGAUUUGUGCAAAGUCUAACAAUGAACCCUGUUGCGAAUGGGUGGGUGAAGGUGGUGCUGGACACUUUGUAAAAAUGGUCCACAAUGGAAUCGAAUAUGGUGAUAUGCAGCUUAUAUGUGAAGCAUAUCACAUAAUGAAAAGUCUUGGCUUGACACAAGAUCAAAUGGCUGAACAGUUUGGCAAGUGGAACACUGAGGAACUGGAUUCAUUCCUUAUUGAAAUUACACGUGAUAUCCUCAAGUACAAGGACAGUAAGGGUUAUCUUCUCGAGAGAAUUCGAGAUACUGCUGGUCAGAAGGGAACCGGUAAGUGGACGGCAAUUGCAGCUCUAGAAUAUGGUAUUCCAGUUACGCUAAUCGGUGAAGCUGUAUUCUCACGUUGCCUGUCCGCCCUGCAAAGUGAACGUGUGCUGGCUAGUAAGCAACUGAAAGGACCCGAGGUUAAACCUCAAGUCGAAAACUUAACAACAUAUCUAAAUCACAUCAAACACGCACUGUAUUGUGCAAAGAUUGUUUCGUACGCUCAAGGUUUCAUGUUGUUGCGUGAAGCAGCCAAGGAGAACAAGUGGAACUUAAACUAUGGUGGUAUUGCUUUAAUGUGGCGUGGGGGCUGCAUCAUUAGAAGUGUUUUCUUGGGUAACAUCAAAGAGGCGUUCGAAAGGAAUCCUAAUUUAUCCAAUUUAUUGCUGGAUGACUUCUUUAAGAAGGCCAUUGCAACUGGACAACAAUCAUGGCGCCAAGUAGUGAGUAGUGCAUUCCUCUGGGGUAUACCCGUUCCUGCUAUGUCAACGGCUCUGUGUUUCUACGAUGGUUAUCGCACCGAGAAGCUUCCAGCUAAUUUAUUGCAGGCACAACGUGAUUACUUUGGAGCUCAUACUUACGAAUUACUAGGUCAAGAGGGUAAAUUUGUGCAUACCAAUUGGACCGGAACUGGUGGAAAUGUAUCGGCUAGUACAUAUCUGGCUUAAGGGGUUUUAAAUUAUGUCUCUUUGUGUGUAUAAGUAUUUUGUGUCUUUCCUUAUAAUAAGUUUUUUUGAAACUCAAUUUGAUUUUUUUUAUUAAGUUAAAUAAAUAAUUGUAAAAAUACAAUAAUAUGAAUAAAUCUAUUAGAAGUGGAAAGAAUA